AUGCAGGCUACGUCGCACCUACCAGGCGAGGCCGGCGAGGACAUUCCUCCUGAGGGAGGUCUAUACGCAUGGCUCGUCGUUGCUGGAUGCUUCGCCCUUCUUAUGGCCUCUUGGGGUUUGUUGUUCUCUGUUGGAAUCUUCCAGACAUAUUUUGAAGCAAACCAGCUACGCGAUUUCUCGCCAAGCGAGAUUGGUUGGAUCCCAGGAGUUCUCGUCUUCGUUGCCCUCACCGUGGGUUUACAGGUAGGACCUCUUCUCGAUCGAUACGGUCCUACUUAUAUUCUCCUCCUUGGUACUAUCUGCAUAGCAAGCAGUUUUCUCGUUCUUGCACAGUGCAAUGCUUAUUGGCAGAUUAUGCUCUGCUUCGGCUUCUGGGCAGGUUUGGGCUGUGCGUGCUUAAGCACUCCCGCGAUUGCGAUCAUACCACACUAUUUCCAACGUCGUGUUGGCUUCGCGCUUGGUGUCGCCCUCGCAGGGGCCGGACUUGGGGGAGUGGUCUUCCCCUUCAUGAUCCAAACUGGAUUCGACCAUAUCGGCUGGGCAUGGACCAUGAGAAUGCUAGCACUCAUAUUCGGAGUCCUUGCUGCACUAGGGACGGCUUCGGUCAAGUCGCGAUUAGCAAAGAAAAUGGUCAAAGGUGUGCUGAGUUUCAGGUCUUUCAAAGACUCCAGGUUUACCUGGCUCGUAGUCGGGCUAUUCUGUAAGAGGAUGACUUUUCAGAAUUGCAUUGCUUUUGUGGCUAAGAGAUUACUUCUAGUUCUUGAAUUCGACUUCUAUGCAGUCUUGGGCAUCCUUCCAACUUUCACAAUUGCGAAGGGAUUUUCCACCUCCGACUCAACCAGUAUGAUGGCGGUCUUGAAUGCGUAA